AUGGGCCAGGGCUUCACACUUGCCUGCGAACCGUGUUAUUGUGGUGUCCUGGCUUUACCCACUAGUGGCAACAUGCUGCCGGGUUCAUACCCUGACAGUGACGGAGCAGACAAGGAGGAGCCCAUCUCAACCCAUAAAAUCGGCAAAGAGACGGACGACAACAUCUUUCAGCAGCUCGAGCAGCCCAGAGACGAGCCGGACCGCAAUGCCUCACCAGAGGCCGCGGGCCAGGAUUGCGUGGGCACUGUGUCAAAAUCAACAGGACCUCCGUCCGUGGCGUUCUCACAGCAGUCCAAGCAAUCCAGGCUUAGAACAAACUCGGCAGAGCUGCGACGGCGGAGUCGCAUACGGCGUUGCAUUUGGCACCACGCGCAGCAGCCCGAGUCAGCGAUUACGCUGCCGUACUGGGCCUAUGCCUAUUGCUGCCAGAUGGUGCUUACUACAAGCAUCCUCUUGGCAUUCCUGGUUCUGGGUGUGGUGCUGAUGUCGCAGAGCGGGUCUCUCCACGAGGUGAGUGUUCCCUACACUGCAAACAUGACAGAGCAGGAAUUCACAAUAGACCAAGCGUUUCAGGAUGACGUGCUCGUGUACUAUGACAUUAAUAUCGUGGCAAACCACAAAAGUUUCGUGGAGAACAAAGACAGGAGGGUUGUUUAUACAUUUCUAUCGGUGGCGACCUGCACAGCUGCCGACAGCCGCGCUUGGGUCAGGAUGCGGCGGGGCAGCGACACCACAUUUGUGGCCAGGGUAGAAGCUGCUGCUGGCGAUGAUCUUGCCCCCUGCGGUCUAGUAUCGCUUUCCACGUUCACAGACAAUUUCACUUUCCACCAAGCCACAGACAACGGAUGGGAGAGGCUUGAAGCAAAUGAGUCUGACAUAGCCCUCGAAUCAGAUGCCGAUGCGUAUGGAAAGCUCCAUCCUCCGCUUGAAGGCGAGGAGCGGUUUUACAUACUGGAGUCCGAUCAGAGGAGAGAGACCUGGCUGACACCAGGCUUCUUUGAGCACUGGAAGGUCUGGUACAGAACUCCAGUUGCCCCACAUGUUCGCAAUCUGUGGGCAGUGAUCAAAGGAGGGCUGCCUCAAGGCAGCUACAAGGUGCAGUUCGUCGAGAACAGUCCGGUCUGGCAUGACUGGGGAGUGGCCGAAAAGCGGCUAAUUUUUGCCCAGAGGCACAGUCUCGGCAACCGAGGGGCCCUGGGGCUCGUGGGAGGCCUAUGUCUCAUGCUGGCCGGGCUAGAGGCGAUUGCCUUGGCGGCCAUGCUGCUGACUCCGCGGUGUCGCUCCUCCAGGCCCGCAGUGCAACCCGAACGACAGAACCUCUGA